AUGUCCCGCGAAGCCUUCACCCCCCCCUCGGCCCUGCAGAACAACAAUGUCGGCGGCUCCUCCUCCUCUUCGCAGCAACAACAAGGCGGCUUCUCCAUCACCGGCGCCGGCAGCACGUUCGAGGACACCUCCAAGCCCGUGCAGUACCUGUGCGGCGAUUGCGACCAUAAAGUGCAGCUGAAGAAGGGCGAUCCCAUCCGGUGCAAGGAGUGCGGGUAUCGUGUUCUGUACAAGGAGCGCACGAAUAGGUCGGUCGAGAAACUGCGCGCAUGGAAUGGUAAGGAGGGCGAAUGCUGA